AUGGGGCUUAGAAGUGUACGGCUAACGAGAUCAUUCGCGUUAGUCUCGCUGCUGGCGACGCUUGCGAUAAUCGCGAUGCUGGUAACCGGAGCUGCGGCGCUGGAUGUAUGUCCUGACGACGAUUCUCUGUUCGUGUGCGCGACGACCGACGAGUGCAUAAGCGACACGCAGGUGUGCGACGGGUCGCCCAACUGCAGCGACGCGGAUGCGCCUUCCGACGAGGACUCCGCGUUCUGCGCGACCUGGGAGUGCCCCAGCGGGUGGAGCAAGUGCGACGACGGCUUGCAGUGUGGAGAUGAAACCCCUGGUGGUGCUCCACCAGGUGAUUCGUCAGGGUCGGGGGAAGGUUCACAGGAACCUUCGGAAGGAGCAGGGGAAGGGGGAGAGGGAGGGAGUGAGGGGGGAAGCGGAGAGGUGGGGGGAAGCGGAGAGGAAGGUGGGAGCGGAGAGGCGGGGGGAAGCGGAGAGGAGGGGGGAAGUGGAGAGGAGGGGGGAAGUGGAGAGGAGGGGGGGAGUGGAGAGGAGGGGGGAAGUGGAGAGGAGGGGGGAAGUGGAGAGGAGGGGGGAAGUGGAGAGGAGGGGGGAAGUGGAGAGGAGGGGGGAAGUGGAGAGGAGGGGGGGAGUGGAGAGGAGGGGGGAAGUGGAGAGGAGGGGGGAAGUGGAGAGGAGGGGGGAAGUGGAGAGGAGGGGGGAAGUAGAGAGGAGGGGGAAAGUGGAGAAGGAGAGGAAGGAGAUGGGGAGGGAAACGACACAGAAGAGGGCGGUGAUGGAGGGGAGGAGGAUGGCUCAGGGGAUGAAGAUUCAGGUGAAUCUGAAGAAGAACCUGAGACGCCACCUCCCCCACCUCCACCUGAGAAACAGCUCUCUCCCCUGGAGCAGAAAAAAGCGGGACAGAGGGAGAAAGACGCAGAGACAGCCCAAGCGCGGGCAGAGAAAAAAGCAAGAGAAGCCAAAAGUUCUAGGGGUGGGACGAGCGGGAAGAAGAGGCGGGAGGAGGCGAAGCAAGCGCAGAAAGAGGCCGACGCUGCGAGGGCCAGAGCGGACCAGGCGAGAGAGGAGGCAGAUGGGAAGGAGGAAGCUGCUGCGGAGGCUGCGAACACAGUGGAGGAGAAGCGGCAGGAGCUUGUGGAUGAAGCAGAGAGGAGCAAGCCAGAGCUAGAGGAUAAGAAGAGGAGAGGGACGGCCCGGAAGGACGCGGCUCGGGCCGAGCGAGACGCAGCGAAGGAGAAGAAGGAGGAGAAGAAGAGGACGUUCAGAGAGAGGGUGGCUGCGGCCCGGCUGGCCCAGAUGGCUGAAAAGGCCAGCGCUGCCGCCGCUGCUGCAGCAGAGAAGCAGGCAGCGGCGGAUAAAGCGAUGGAGGCUAAGCAACAGGCGGAUGCUGAGGUGGAUCGGCUGGUUUCAGCUAAGAGUCAGGCGGAGGAUGCGGCGAGGGAGGCCGGGGAAGCGCAGGCUGCAGCGGAGGCGGCGGCACGGGAGGCGGUGGACGCCGGUGAUGAGAGGUUGAGUGCGGUGAAGUGGGCAGAGGCUGCGGAUGCGCUGGGGUUGAAGUGGGAGAAACAGACGGAGGUGGAGCGAGUGAAGAGGGAGUUGGUUGUGGCUAAGGCGGCAGCUAAGCUAGCUGCCAAGGAGGCUGUGUUGAGGCAGCAGGCAGCUGCUCGGGCGGCAAGUGAGGCGCAGAAAGUCGGCGGCAAAGUGGGCGGGGGCGGUGCGGGUGGUGGAACCGGUGGUGAUGCUGGUGGUGAUAGUGGUGGUGAUGGUGGUGGUGAUGGUGGGUCUACUGAUCCAGGAGGUGACACAAACGAGGGUGGGUCUAGUGACACAAGCAGUGGUACCAGUGCAGGAUUAACAAAAAAAAGUGUUCCAUUAUCUGACCAUAGGGUAAGUGUUGGGGUUAAAAUGACCUUAACUGAUGGUGUUGUUGGUGGUGGUGCUGGUGGUGGUGGUGGUGGUGGUGGUGGCAACAAAGAGGGUAAGGCAAGAAACAGGAAGGUGGAUGUUGGUGGCUGA